AUGCAGAUCCCAGACCGCCAGCCCAGUUUCUCCUGGGGCGCCAAAACCUCACAAGCACUAUUCAGUGCACAGAACAAGAAGCCCAAGCCAAGCACACAUGAGCACGAGACAGCUUCAAGCAGUCUCGCUGCAGAAGCAGGUAUUAAUGUCGACUGGACUUUCACACAAGCGGUCUCUGCUACAACUGUGGCACCUGUACCAGCUGCUCUUGAGUUGACGAGCAAAAAGCCUCGGUCAUUCAAAUCCGACGUAGCAUGGCCGCUUCAACGCCGACCAAGCAGCAUACGCACAUCAAUAAUCACAGCACCACCAGAUGUCCCACUACCAAAUGCACCUCCACGCAGCCACAGCUUGCGACGUUCACAUCACGCCCGACUCCCAUCCUUCAGUCCUCUCGACGCCUUCUCCCUCGCACUAGCGCAGAAAGAGACAGCAGCAGGAGCAGCAGGAGCAGCAUCAACUCCACCUAGCCAAGAUGUCACCACCUCUCAAACUUUAGAAAGACCAACUUCAAGCAAAAGGAAGAGCAGCAUUCGUCCUACUUCAGCGCUUACAUUAUCUUCUGUCUAUAAAGACCCCUACCAGCCUCAUCCCGUCACGGACAGUAAAUCAAUUAACGGAUCUGUUACGUCCUUGCGACCAGAUUCUAUGCCUCUCUUCCUUGUCGGUUCUAUGAAAGCUGGCAGGAUUGACUUCCCCGUCUCAGUGGACGGGGAGAAAGCCGCUGAGCGUUUGUCCUCCGCUGGCGAGAGAGAGCGCGAUAGGAGGAGAAGUCGAGGCAGGAGUCGAAACCGAGACCGAAGCGUGAAGAGCGUACAGUCUACAUCGCUCCCAAAGGGCAAUUCAUACGUCGAGGAUGUACAUCCUGGGAGCCUGUAUAUUAGUAAUACUGUCGAUGACAAUACGGAAAGGGAUCUUGAAUGCGGUACCUCUGAGCGGGAUCCAACCCAAACCUACAGACCUCUAAGUGCAGCCCACGACUGUUGAUGAGCUUCAGACUAUUGCCAAUGUUUCUGGUCGAUUCUGACAACAAUGGAUCAAUUUAAUUGCCUGC